UCCCCAUAUUCGACCCUCCUCUCCAUCGCUCAAAUUAUUUCUCUCCCAAGGAACACGUUUCCAUAAUACUUCCUGCUGCCUUUCUCUGAAACACCUUCCUCCCUCGUCGGCUCGACAUUCGCUGUGAUUGCUAUAUCCAGCCCCGCUGUCUCUUCCGGUGGAUGCUCGUCUCUCGUGGUAGUCGGUCCCUGGAGCAUGUCUGGGUAGCCCGUGGCAGCCUCAGACACCAACUCCAGCCUUCGAUCAAGUCUUCUUCAGCCUCAGCCUCAGCCUCAGCCUCACGCUUGUUCUUCGCCUUUGCCUUGAACACUCCUUGUCUCACCGCCACCGCGCCACUACUUUGCCCCCAGACACGUCCACACCCUCUCCAGGCUCCAGCAGCCUUGCGACAUAAGAGCCACUCGGUGACCAUCCUCCGUCCCUACACCCUGACCCCCCCAGUCACCAUGGCUGAGCCUAUCAACAAUCGAACUGCUCAGCCCGAACGACUCACCGAGAACCUAGAGAGGCCGACCUUGGAUGAUCGGUCGUACAGAGUGAUUAGGCUAGCGAACCAUCUCGAGGCCCUGCUCAUACAUGAUCCCGACACGGAUAAAGUCAGCGGUGCGUUGGACGUGAACGUGGGAAGCUUUAGCGAUGCGGAGGACAUGCCGGGUAUUGCCCACGCCGUGGAGCAUCUAUUAUUCAUGGGCACUGAGAAAUAUCCUAAGGAGAAUGCAUAUAACCAAUACCUCACCUCACACUCCGGACACUCAAAUGCCUAUACUGCGGCUACCUCGACGAAUUACUACUUCGAAGUAGGAGCGUCAUCGAAAACCUCGAGUAGCAAUGCCACGUCUACCUCUGACACUCCAGAAGACCUGACGGCUUUGAAAGCGGAGUCACCAUUGUAUGGAGCUCUCGAUCGGUUUGCACAGUUCUUUGUAGCUCCGUUGUUUCUUGAGGAAACUUUGGAUAGGGAGCUCAAGGCUGUCGACUCGGAGAACAAGAAGAAUCUACAAAAUGAUACAUGGAGAUUACAUCAGCUUAACAAGUCACUUUCAAACCCCAAACAUCCGUACAACCACUUCUCGACAGGUAGCUACAAGACUCUGCAUGAUGAACCACUCGCACGCGGGGUGAAGAUUCGGAAUGAGUUCAUGAAGUUCUACCAUACACAUUAUUCGGCGAAUCGGAUGAAGUUGGUUGUUCUUGGCCGUGAGAGUCUGGACGAUCUCGAAAAUUGGGUCGAGGAGCUGUUUUCUGCGGUACCUAACAAGAAUUUACCUCGACUACGAUGGGACGAUGUUGCUCCGUACACGGAGAAAGAGUUGGGAAUGCAAAUAUUCGCAAAGCCUGUCUUCGAGAUGCGGAAUUUGGAAUUAGACUUUCUAUACCAAGAUGAAGAGGAGCUUUACGAGUCUCAGCCAGGACGUUACUUCUCACAUCUCAUUGGCCACGAAGGUCCAGGUAGCAUUCUAGCUUAUAUCAAAGCAAAGGGAUGGGCCAAUGGACUGUCAGCAGGAGCACAGCCUCUAUGCCCGGGAUCUGCAAUCUUUGUUGUCAGGGUCAAACUCACUGAGGAGGGUCUCAAGCACUACAAGGAAGUCACGAAGACGAUAUUCCAAUAUAUUGCAAUGAUGCGCGAAUCGCCGCCUCAGGAAUGGAUCGUGGAUGAGAUGAAGCGCAUGAGCGAGGUCGACUUCAAGUACAAACAGAAGAGCCCUGCGAGCAGGACCACAAGCUUGCUCAGUGGAAUCAUGCAGAGACCGUACCCCAGAGAGCUUCUCUUAAGCGGACCCAGUCUGAUUCGAAAGUUCAAUGCUGAGGCGAUCAACAAGGCAGCUACGUACUUGCGGCCGGAUAAUUUCCGGUUGACUCUGAUCAGCCAAGACUUCCCGGGCGAUUGGGACCAGAAAGAGAAGUGGUAUGGAACCGAAUACAAGUAUGAGAAGAUACCAGAGGAUUUUCUAGCCGAAAUCAAGGAGGUAGUUGCGAGCCCGACUAACGGCCGCCCGGCCGAGCUCCAUCUCCCGCACAAGAACGAGUUCAUCCCAAAUCGACUCGAGGUGGAGAAGAAGGAAGUUGAGGAGCCGCUGAAGACGCCGAAGCUCAUCCGAAAUGAUGAGAACGUCCGGACCUGGUUCAAGAAAGAUGACCAGUUCUGGGUCCCUAAAGCUAGCGUACUCAUUAUUUUGCGAUCACCACUCGUUAGCCUGACACCCCUCAAUACAGUUGUGUCACAUCUCUACCGAGAACUAGUAUACGAUGCCUUAGUGGAGUACUCUUACGACGCUGAGAUAUCUGGUCUCAAUUACUCAGUCGCUGCACACGCUCCUGGCCUCGAUGUUAGCGUCAGCGGCUACAACGAUAAGAUGGCGGUUCUUCUCGAGAAAGUUCUGGUCUCAAUGCGAGACUUGGAGGUUAGCGAGGACCGUUUCAAUAUAAUAAAAGAACGACUGGCGCGUAGCUUCCGAAACUGGGAGUACCAGCAGCCGUACCACCAGGUCGGAGUCUUUAGUAGGUGGCUUACAACCGAGAAGGGCUGGAUCAACGAGCAAUUGCUUGCGGAGCUGCACAGCGUCACUGCGGCUGACGUCCGCGCCUUCUUCCCUCAACUCCUCGCCCAGGUGCACAUUGAGUUGCUCGCACAUGGAAACAUCUACAAGGAGGAUGCUCUGAAACUGACUGACAUGGUCGAGUCCAUCUUGAAGCCAAAGAAACUGCCAUCCUCUCAAUGGCGUAUUCGACGCUCGCUACUUUUGCCGCCGGGCUGUAAUUUCGUCUACGAGCGAGACCUCAGAGAUCCGGCGAACGUCAAUCAUUGCAUCGAAUACAUGCUUUAUAUUGGCGAUCCUUUGAACCGGCAGCGGAAGGCAAAGCUUCUUCUUAUGGCCCAGAUGGCGGACGAGCCAGCAUUUGACCAGCUACGGACGAAAGAGCAACUUGGCUAUGUUGUGUUCAGCGGGCCGACGAUCUUGAACAUGUGGGCUGGAUACCGUAUCUUAAUCCAGAGUGAGAAGAGCCCCGACUAUUUGGAGGGCCGGAUAGACGCUUUCUUGACUCAGUUCGGGCAGAUGCUGCACGACAUGAAGGACGAAGACUUUGAAGGGCAUAAGAGGAGCAUUAUCAAUAAGCGGCUGGAGAAGCUGAAGAACCUGUCACAGGAGACGAACAGGUUCUGGAAUCAUGUUCUGAGCGAAUGCUACGAUUUUGAGUCUGCCGAUCGUGAUGUGGAGCAUCUUACACCCCUCACCAAGAAAGACAUUAUUGAGUUCUUUGACCAGUUCAUCUCGCCUACGUCACCAACGCGUGCCAAACUAGCUGUUCACAUGCUGGCGCAGUCAUCGCCGGCUGCAGAGAAGAACGAACAAAUGGUCAAACUCGUCAGCGAGUUGCUCACAGCCAAUAAAGUGGCCGUCAAGGACGAUGAUCUACAGACACACUUCCAAGCAGUGGAGAAACCCGCCAAGCAAGAUGACCUAGUCGAAGCGCUAUCCUCCUACCUUGGGGAGCUGAAGCUGGAGGCGGACGUUGUGACCAAGGUGGUGGAGCAGGGCAAGGCAGCGCUGGCGGCUGCCCUGGCAGAGACAGAGAGCCAGAAGGAGGUGGUGGAGGCAGAUGGUGAGACGCACGUGAAGCUGGGCAACGGAACCACACCAGUAGUGAUUCGCGAUGUGCAUGCGUGGAAGGCUGGGCUGGAGGUCAGCAAGGGUGCCCGACCGGUGCAGGAUCUCAGCGACUUUGAGGAGAUUGAGGCAAAGCUGUGAGGGACUGGAUGACGUUGGGCUCUCGUAGUGGGCUGAGGUGGUAGGCUGAGAGGACGAAUUGCCUGCUUCUGAUAGUGGAUGCUGGCUCAGCAGCUAGGCACAGGCGGGAAGUGCAUGACACAUGGUAUGAGGACAUGGAGAUAGGGUUGCAUGAUUUGCAUUGGGGGCGCUUCGUGGAGCUGCUUGAGGGACAUUGUAUGUAUGUACAAGACGAUGCAGGUGCCAGGCCAUGCAUACAUCGUAUUACUAGAAACCUGAGCGAGGCGCAUGCCGUUAAAUUCAACAGCUGGA